AACGAAAUUGAAGCACAUGAUGUUGAUCCAUCCCUCCAUUACUAUCAUCCAUUGCAUUUACACCAUCACCCCCUUUCCACUCUACAGUUUCUCCACUUUCAACCCUCUCUUUCUCUCUCUAUAUAAACCCCACCCAUUCCCAACCAUCUUCACCCAAUAACUUAAACAAUCAUGGGUUCAUUUCCUCACAUAGUGGAAGACUGCUUGGGAGUCCUCCAAGUGUUGAGUGAUGGCACCGUUUUCAGAUCCAAAACCAUACAAUUCAACAUGCCUGUCAUCCGCGAUCAGAACUCUGUGGACUUCAAAGACGCCAUGUUUGACAAAACCCAUAAUCUCCAUCUUCGAAUUUACAAGCCCGCAUCAGCCUCUAAUUUUCCACCCAACGGUUGUCCUCGUAAGCUCCCCAUCGUCGUUUUCAUUCAUGGUGGUGGUUUUUGUCUAGGUUCUCGUACGUGGCCUACCUGUCAUAAUUCUUGCCUACGCUUCGCGUCCGGACUCAACGCUGUAGUCAUUGCGCCGGACUACAGGUUGGCCCCGGAGCAUAGGCUGCCGGCAGCAAUGGAUGACGCAGCCAGUGCCAUGAGGUGGUUGCAAAGUCAAGCUUUGAGAGAAAAUGGGGUUAGUGAUGCAUGGUUGAACAGUGGCGAGGUUGACUUUGACCAGGUUUUUGUCUUGGGUGACUCGUCAGGUGGCAAUAUUGCACACCAUUUGGCAGUUAGGUUGGGUGCUGGUUCGACCGAGCUGGCUCCGGUUCGCGUACGAGGUUAUGUGCUGUUGGCACCAUUUUUUGGUGGGGUGGUGAGGACAAGGUCAGAGUCGGGGCCUAGCGAAGCUUUGUUGAAUCUUGAUAUACUUGACAGGUUUUGGAGGCUAUCAAUGCCUGUAGGAGAGACAAGAGACCACCCAUUAGUGAAUCCAUUUGGGCCCUGGAGCCCUAGUCUGGAAGCAGUGAAACUUGACCCUAUCUUGGUCAUCGUGGGCGGCAGUGAGUUGUUGAAAGACAGGGCUGAGGAUUACGCCACCAGAUUAAAAGACAUGGGCAAGAAAAUUGAGUACGUCGAGUUCCAUGGCAAAGAACAUGGUUAUUUCAAUUAUCAUCCAUAUUCUGAUGCUGCAAUUCAAACUCUACAACUUAUCAAUACAUUUAUGUCUGCCAACUCAGUUUGAUAUGUAUAAAUAUGUUAAAAACACAAUUUUAAAGUUAUUUAGUUAUGUAGCUAUUUUGGAUUUAGAUUUUUCUUUAUUUUUCGGCUGGCAUUUCUUGAAAUUAGAUUACUAGAAAUAUUUCAUGUAUGUCGAAA